AGAAGCUCCGCUCCCCGGAUCUCCGGGUUCCGGCAACUUGGUGGCACCGGAACUGGCGCCGAGCAACCGAGGCCCUAACCUUUCCCGGACCCACAGGACGCUGAGCCCCGCAUGACGCUGAGCCCCGCAAGAUGAGAAAACUGAGGCCCCGAGGAGCCCACAGUCACGCAGCGAGAAGCAGCAGAAUCGGGAGUCAAACCCAGUUCCUACAAAGUUUCUUCUUAAUAAUUGGUCGAAGACCCACUGGCUAAAUGGCAGCUGUAGAUGACUUGCAGUUUGAAGAAUUUGGUGAUGCAGCCAAUUCUCUAGCAGCAAACCCAGAUGACACCACGAUAAGCAUUGAGGGUCCUGGUGAAACCCCAAAGCGUCAACCAGGACCACCAAGAGGGUCUGGGAGAGAAGAGGAUGAUGAGUUACUGGGGAACGAUGACUCUGACAAAACUGAGUUACUUGCUGGACAGAAGAAAAGCUCCCCCUUCUGGACAUUUGAAUACUAUCAAACGUUCUUUGAUGUGGACACUUACCAGAUCUUUGACAGAAUAAAAGGGUCUCUCUUGCCGAUACCAGGAAAAAACUUUGUGAGGUUAUAUAUCCGCAGCAAUCCAGAUCUCUAUGGCCCCUUUUGGAUAUGUGCCACAUUGGUCUUUGCCAUAGCAAUUAGUGGGAAUCUUUCCAACUUCUUAAUCCAUCUGGGGGAGAAGACUUACCAUUAUGUGCCCCAAUUCCGAAAAGUGUCCAUAGCAGCUACAGUCAUCUACGCCUACGCCUGGCUGGUUCCUCUUGCACUCUGGGGUUUUCUUGUGUGGAGAAACAGCAAAGUUAUGAACAUUGUUUCGUAUUCGUUUUUGGAGAUUGUGUGCGUCUAUGGAUAUUCACUCUUCAUUUAUGUCCCCACGGCAAUACUGUGGAUUAUCCCCCAGAAAGCUGUUCGUUGGAUUCUAGUCAUGGUUGCCCUGGGCAUCUCAGGAUCCGUCUUGGCAAUGACAUUUUGGCCAGCUGUUCGUGAAGAUAACCGGCGCAUUGCAUUGGCCACAAUUGUGACGAUUGUGCUGCUUCAUAUGCUUCUCUCUGUGGGCUGUUUGUUUUCUGUUAUGUUUUUUGGAAUGUGGUUCUUUGGGACAUGGCGUCCACCACAGGAAUGCAGAAUGACCAAAGCCAGCAAGAAAACUGAUGGAAUGGUACCAGUGUUGACAUGGAUGGUGCCAAACUGAAGCCCAGCCACCGAUUUAACCAUCAAAAAAUUAAAUGUUGUUCAGUACAUGUAUCUUUGAGCUCUUCUUUUUCACCCAUUGGUUACCAUGGCAACUCUGCACUAAUUUUGAGUGAAAUGCAAGAGAGUGGGUUAGGCAUGCUCAAACAUUAUCCAUCCUAACUUCUGAUGUCUUUUCUUCAAAUUAUGUACAGAUUAUGGAGGUGAUCCUCUUAUCCUCAAAUGUUUGCCAUCCUAAAGUAGCCAAACAGUAUGAACUUUGGUUGGUAUUAAGUGGGAGCCUGAAAAUUUGUCUUUGGGGAUCAGAUACUGGGAAACUAAACCUAAUGGUUACAAAAUAAAUACCUCACAUAAUUCCUGUGUCUGUACUUCAUGACUUUUACCUCAAGUUCUUCCUUGAUUUUCGUCUUUGAUGCUCAAAUUUAGCAUGCUGGAGGCUGCCGGGAAUCUGAAGUAAUGUGCCAGCUGAUACGAUGUUGGGUUAUAGUGGGCAUCGGAAUCUUGCCUGUAAGUGGAACGUUAGGUGUAAAGCAGACGCUCAUUUACAACCUAUUCUGACAUACAGAUCUUAGAACAUUCUCUUAGGUGGCAUGGCUUCCUGGCUAGAGUGCACUGAAGAGAGAAACCAGUGACACAUGUGUCUUUGAACUCAUCUGGGAGGCUAAGCUUCUGGCAGGUCCGGAUUGCUGAUUCCCUACUGUUUCUGUUGUCAUCUGCAGUUGACAUCUGAGUUCCCUGUGUAUUUCUGAGACAGCUAGAAAGACACAUUUGGACUUAAAAGGCUGACUAUGCAGGUAAAGGAAGAUGCACACAGAUUCAGGCUCCAGUGAGCGUAAGGUCACCUGGGUAAACCUCCCAUAAAAUGCUGAAUAUUCCUCCAGGAAUUUCCUCAACAAAUACAUACUGAGGUCCUAUUGUGUGCUGAGCACUAUUCUAGGUACUGGGGACAGAGCAGUGAACAAAAUCAACAAGGUCCCUGUUGGCACGGGUCUUUUGGUCCAGUGAUCACUGCUAAGUGGUUGCGAGCUUCAGUCUCUCCAAAGGCAGCUGUUUCCUGCUCUGAACAACCCAUUCUGUUAGAAGUGCCUCUGCAGCUUUCACUGGUUGGUUCUGGUUCUACCCCUGGGGCCUCACAGAUCAAAUCUGUGCCUUUUUUCCUUUGUUAAGUUCAGAUGUUUCAAGACAGCUGUUCUGUGACCCCCGAGUCUCUUCCAGCUAAAUAUUUCUGUUGUCUUCAGUGGCUUUGCAGAGGACUUGGUGUGCAUACCUCCUGGUCACACUCUGAACAGGUGCCCUGGCUCAUUCUUUCUUUAAUACUAUUGUUGCCCCAAGGCAGUGAUAAACAUGUGAAUUCCUCUGUACAAGCCAUCUGCAACCUCCCCUUUCUCUCCCCUACAAAAAGUGGUAGAAUUUUUCUUCUGUCGAAUAGAAACAUAUAAAUGUUUUUAUCCACAUUUGAGGAGGAAUUUUGUUACUAAUGAGUACUUUUAAGCUGUGUUAUGACUAAUAAAAUUCCCCCAAAAUAUGUUGCCAACAAGUCAAUUCCAUCUCAUGGCUACCUCAUGUGCUUCAGAGUAGAACUUUACUCCAUAGGGUUUCAAUAGCUGUGACCUUCUGGAAGUAAAACCCCAGGAUUUUCUUCUAAGGUGUCUCUGGGUGGACGCAAAAUUCCAACCUUUUACUAGUAGCCAAGUGCUUAGCCAUUUGUGCCACCCUAGAAAUUCUAUAAUAAAGUAGUCAGCAUUUAAUUUUUAAGUAAGGAUUUUAUACAAAACCAUCAUCAGUUAGCACCAUUAUCUUAUAGAGGACAUUAUAAUAUCAAGCCAGAAGGACAUAAUCUCAGUAUUAAAAACUCAAAUAAAUUAGGGGAAAAAGCUGUUGACUCCAAUUCAUGGCAUCUCCAUGUGUGUCAGAGUAUAGCUGUGUUCCAUACGGUUUUCAGUGGCUGAUUUUUGGAAGUAGAUUGCCAGGCUUUUUUUCCAAGGUGCCUCUGGAAGAACCAGCCAGCAUCACCAUUUGGAAAUCACUGCUCUUGGGACUCCCAUGUAGCAGUUAUCAAUUGCAUUCAGCUGUAACAGAACCCUGAAAAGUGUGGCUUAAAUAAAUAAGCAGUUUUAUUUUUCUCAUGUAAAUAGAAGUCUAGAGAUAGUCCAAGGUUGAUAUGGCUGCUCCAUGAUGCCAUCAGGGACUCCAACUUCUAUCAAUAUUUUUCUUUUGGCUCAGUAUUCCUUAGCAUGAAUUUGUCAUCAUCUGAUCCCAACAUGCCUGCUCUAUCACCAGCAAAGUCUAGGUAGGAGGAAAGAAAGGGCAAAAGAGAAGGCUAGUUGAACUGGCUUUUUAAUUAGCUUUCUCCAAAACCCAUCCAAUGGCUUCUGCUUAUAUCUUAUUGGUCAAACUGCAUUACAUGGUCACCCCUAGCUGCAAAAGAGGCGGGAAAUGCUCUUCAGCUGGGUACACUGCCUCCCUGAAUGAAAGCAGAGUACUGUUAGGAAGAAAAAGAGAAUGAGUUUUAGAUAGGUAACUACUACAUCUUGGAACCCCUACUUUUAUAAAAGUUAGUGGAUGGUGGUUUGUUCAUUGUCAAUUUGAUUUCACUGGUUGGCACUAUAUAUAGAAUUGAGAGAAAAUUCUGAGAAGAUGACAGUGGAAGUAACAUAGUAUUUUCAUUUCCUUGAAUUUCCCCAUAAAAACAGAACAACUAGGAGAGCAAAAUAAAAAAAAACACUAUGGACAUCUACAACAAACUGAUACCUAGGUGACAUCACUACAAACCCAAGAAUUCAAGUAGGUGGAAACCACUGGGAGCUCUAAGCCUUGCAUGGUAUCGCCAUUUUUACAGAAAGAAGCAGAGGGAACCAACAGGUUGUCUGAGAAAUCUGAAAAUAAGAGAACCCCAGAAGAGUCAGUAGUAUAGUAUUGUGGACCAAUAGAAGAAGAGCUGGAAGUUUGUACAACACAGUUUUCAGUAAAUGCGUGCAAAUGGUCCGAAAAGUAGUAUGUCUGAAAAAGCUGAAGCAGUCAGGCCCUAGAACUCCCAAAACCAGCCAAGUUUCUUUCCAGGAAACCGAAGAAGAAACUCGUGGGAAUAGAAAACAAGGUAGGCUAGGGAUAUUUGGGGCAAAGGAAAGAAAGUGGGAGAGGGACACAGAGCCAGGAGAUCUCAGAAAGAAUGAGGCCAUAUUUUUAACACUUCAUGAAAACAUAGAAAAGGAAGCUAUACAGCCUUGAAUUUAGAAAAGCUAUCCUGACAUCCCUCCCUCCUAAAUGUACAAGAAAACUAAUUUCAUGUAAAAAUGAACAGCAAAAGGGACUGCAGUCAAAUCUCACAAUGAAGUUAUUAUAGGAAAAAUUAGAAUAAGGAGCAGCAUUACAUCCCUUAUGAUAAUGAAAGCAUUCCAGAAACACAUGCCCACAAAAACAGGUAAGAACUAUAAUAAUAUUUCAAAAUGAGCAGAAAUUAAGAAAAUGGGUACAAGAUAUGAAAGAAAAACACAUAAUUAGAAAACAGAAAUUAGGUGACAGGACUCAGGAAAGAGAUAAAAGAGAAAAGUCAUUUCACAAAUGAAGACUGAACUACAGGGAAUAUCAGAAUGAAUAUGCACAGCAGAUAAUGCCUUAAGAGAAUAAAAAUUAAAAAAAGGAAACAAUUUUAAUUCCAGAAUGAAUAAAAAGAAAUCAAAGAAUUCAAGAGAAAGUGACAAAUAUAAGAGAUGGACAAAAAAGAUCUAAAAGUGUAUUAUAGGUAUCCUUGGAGAAGAAACAAACAAAGCAAUGGGAGGGAAUAAGUACAAAAAAAAAUAAAAUUAAAAAUUUUUUUUCCCUAAAAAAAAAAAAAAA